UAUUGUUUGUACUGCAGAAAGACUGAUGGACUUUAUCUUUAGGAAUUACAGAGAGUCACCAACUAUUUGUGAUUUUAAGUUCAUCUUUGGAGUUGGAUAUCAGAACUACUAGUUAAUGUUAUACCUGAUACACACUCAGUAAAUGGAGCAACACAAUCUCUAAGACCCUGAAGGAAGUGCUGUCUGAGGUUUUCAAAAUUGGAAACUAAAGACGCAUAAAUAUUUUCUCCACUAGAGGGCACAUUACACAAUAUUCCAGAUGGAGGCACCUUUUCUAGAAAAACAGAAAUAUUCAGAAAAUGAAAGUCUUCAAUGCCAGCCUGAAGAAGAGUACAAGUAUCAUGUAUACACGGCAAUAUAUAUUAUUGUGUUUGUGUUUGGGGUUUUAUUUAAUGGAGCAGCCAUCUAUGUUUUUUGCAUAGCCAAUAAAAAGAAAGGGAUAUCUUCCAUAUGCCUUAUGAACCUUGCAUAUGCUGAUCUCAUAUUUAUAAUAUUUCUACCUCUGAGAAUUUCUUACUAUGUGAGUGGGGCAUCAUGGAUAUUUGGAGAUAUCCUUUGCCGCAUCACUACAUUUACUUUUUAUUUCAGCAUGUACUCCAGUAUCUACUUCCUGGCCUGUCUCACCAUGUUUCGGUAUCUAUCAGUUGUGUUUUCUGGGAAGAUUUAUGUCAAGAAGGUGGUUUGGUUAUGUGCUUUUAUCUGGGUUUUUACAGCCAUCAGCACAACACCUUUUCUUACUUCAGGAAGUUAUGUUCGUGAAAACAAAACAAGGUGCUUUGAGCCUUCUGGGGUUUCGUCUUGGAAAAUAAUCAUGCAUAUGAACUACUACGCCUUAUCUGUUGGAUUUAUACUUCCAUUUUUAUCAGUGGUUAUAUUUAAUAGUCUUCUCAUAAAACACAUUCUACAAAUUCCUAUGUCCAGAAGAAAUAUAAGAAAACAAGUCACAAUGAUUGUCUUGGUACUUUUGGUGUAUACACUUUGUUUUUUGCCAUAUCAUAUUCAAAGAACCAUUCAUCUUCACUAUUUAGUCCAUCAUCCAAACAUCUGCAGCUUACAUGACAUUCUACAGAGGACAGUGGUGGCAACCUUGUGUCUUGCUGUGCUAAACAGCUGUCUAGAUCCCUUAUUUUACAUAUUUGUGGGCCAUGGUUUCAAAUCAUGGUUCCAGAUAAUGUGUGGAAGUAAAAAUAUGUUACAAAAAGAACCUUCAAUGUCCAACUCUGAUGAAGUAGAUAAAGUAACAAUGGAUGAAAUCCAAAUGAAUGAUGAGAUACUGAUUAAUAAUAAUGUGUGAGCAGUUACUAAAGAAGAAUCUAAGGUGUAAUGUACAAUGUUGGUUAAGGAAAUAUAAAACAAUGUAUGCUACCUAAUAUAUGUAAAUUCUGAAUAAUACCCACUAUGUUCACCUUGAUAAUCUGUAUACAUACCUACAGUACCUAUAACUAUGAGUUCAUGGGGUCAAUUUACUAACGUGCGAGCGGACAUGAUACAACGUAGCAUAUCAUGCCCGCUGCACAUCGAUAAAUGCCGACAGCAUAUGCUGCUGCAGGUCUUUAGACUGCUGCAUCAUAAACACGGGGCAUCAAGCUCUGUACGGAGCUUGAUAAAUUGACCCCCAUGUCUUAUUAUCUUUUGAUAGAAACACAUAUGUUUGUGGGCCAUUUAUAUUAUGUGUUUAAUGUAAUGUAACUUAAUUUUAUUAGGCAUGCAACAAGGUUUUACUAAAGAUUCAUUUGCUGUAUUAUACUACCUUGAACUUAAAACAUUGGAAAGUGGUAAACCUUUAUUUCAUCAAAAUUACAGUCAGUUAAGCAUGAACCACUGGUUCCACUGUAGUUUUAAGGGUUUGUAAAGCAUUGACAAAUUAAGUUUUGAUAAUUAUCAAAUUAAAUCACUUAUAUUGCCUGCCUUCAGUCAUUUUGUAGUAUCCUUGGAUGUUUAUGAACAAGUAAUAUGAUGCUAAUACAUUAGGAAUGUCAGUUCAAAUCUGGUAUUAUUAUUUAAAGUGAAGGUAAACUUUGGUGAAUGAAAGCCCGUUUUUUAAAAAUACUAUUAA